AUGGAACAGCGCAUAGCUCGGGAGCUCCUUGAGUCUCUACAGACUCUACACACAUUCUCCCCUAUUCUACUUUUCACCCUUUUCAUUGGAGCGCAUACAGCUACUAUCAUCACAAGAACAAACAGACCCAAAAAUGGGCAAAGCUUCUCACCUACCCAAAAACGACUUUUCAACUGGCUGUCCGCCGUGUUACUUGUAACAUACUUUGAAGACGCGGCAGUUUCUGUUGCCCAUGUGGUAAUUGCUCAAUCGGAGCAAUGGUGGUGCGGGCAAUCUGUCGUGGUACGUAUGCAUGGGCCUAGAUACAUUUUGCGGUCAUCAAAGCUAACAUUACAGGUCUAUAUCACUGGUUCUAGCUUUUUCUAUAUGAUUCUUCUCGUGUCCAUGUUCGAUACUACUUCAUCUCCAACAGCUGUUCAUUUGACGUGUUGGUCUGCCGCCAUUCCUAUCGAAAUGCUUAUUUUAAGCAUAUCCUUGGUGUUUUACUGCUCAGUCCACCCAGAAAAAGUAGUUGGAGAUCCCUUCGGGGGCCCAAUUCGCCAGAGUAUAACAUUGUGGGAGAUUGAGGAAGUUGCCACACGCAGUGCCCGAAUCUUGACUCUCAUUGCUCUGGUCCUACUCUACGCCAGGAAGUCAAGAAUUCUUGAAACCGAUGUUGAGAGCUCGAACGAAGCAACAGAGACCACUAGGCUAUUAAAUUCUUCUCGCGUGGGCAAUCAUUACCAGUAUGACAACCCAAAGAAUCGCGACCCGUUACGUGCAACUUCUCAAGCACAUGGUCUCACCCUCCAGCAGACAACCACUGGGAGCUGGUGGGAGUAUAUCAGUGACUACUCAAUUUUUCUCCCUUUCAUGUGGCCAUCUAAGUCAUAUCGCCUGAAGCUUGUCACAGUUGCCUGUUUCUUCUUGCUUGUGAUUCAGCGAAUAAAUAAUGUGAUGGCCCCGAAUCAAGUUGGGGUGGUCAUAACAGCCCUAGCUAAUCAACAAGGGCAUUCUCCUUGGCCACAGAUUAUACUUUUUGUUGUCUAUAGAUGGCUGCAGACAAGCCUAAGCUCUCUACGCUCAGCACUCUGGGUCCCAGUAAGCCAAUAUUGUCGCAUGGAGCUUUCGAUGGCCGCUUUUGAGCAUGUUCACUCCCUCGAUUUGGACUUCCAUUUGAACAAAAAGACGGGCGAAGUUUUAUCGGCCUUCAACAAAGGCAAACCGGUCGUUGGACUCCUAGAACAGGUGGUUUUUGAGCUUAUUCCUACCUUAUUUGACUUGCUCAUUGCCAUUGGGUACUUCCUGAUUUUUUUUGAUGCAUACUACGCGCUAGUGGUUGGAAUAUCAUCAUUCAGCUAUAUUUAUGUCACUUUUCGGGUUGGCCCAUUGAGAGCACAAACCAGGAGAGAAAUGAUGAAGGCGUCUCGUUAUGAAGAGGCUAUUAAGAAUGAAUCAAUAGUUUCAUACCUAACAGUGAAGCUUUUCAAUCAGGAAACAUACGAGUUAGGUCGAUAUCGCACCGCUAUCGGUGAUCAUCAGAGUACUGAACGCCGUUCAUUCCUCUGCAUGACAAUUUUCAACACUGUCCAGAACACAAUCUUGAUGACCGGCUUGCUCUGCACGUGCUUAAUUGCUGCAUUUCAGAUCUCCACUGUCCAGCGGCCCGUGGGUCUGUUUGUGACAUUGUUGACGUAUAUGGCACAGCUCCAGGGUCCGUUAGCAUCCUUUGGUUCCUUCUAUGGCUCGAUUCAAUCGGCUUUGAUUGCUGCCGAACACAUGUUGGGACUUUUCCGAGAACAGUCAAAGGAGGUGGACAGUCCUCUUGCUAUUCCAUUGACUACCUGCAAUGGCGAGAUCCAAUUUCAGGAUGUCGGGUUUUGCUAUGAUGAGAGGAAAGUCGUCUUGGAUGGACUUACAUUCACUUGCAAGCCGGGGACUACAACAGCCAUAGUCGGAGAGUCUGGAGUGGGUAAAUCGACGAUCUUCCAGAUCUUGUAUCGGUUCUACAACCCUGUGUCUGGCUGUGUUUAUAUCGACGGACAUCCUAUUCGUGAUCUUACGGGCGAUUCAAUUCGCAGGAAUAUCAGUGUGGUGCCGCAAGAGUCGAGACUCUUCAAUGAAUCCCUGAUGUACAAUUUAAAGUAUGCGAACCAGAGUGCCACAGACGAGGAGAUAUACCAGGCCUGUCGCGACGCGGGUAUCCACGAUAAGAUAAUGGCAUUUCCGGAUGGCUACGAUUCCAAAGUCGGAGACCAGGGUCUACGACUCAGCGGUGGUGAGAAGCAACGCGUGGCAAUUGCUUGCGCCAUUCUCAAAAACACCCCUAUUAUCCUACUGGAUGAAGCAACGUCCGCGCUCGACACUAAUUCCGAAGCCUAUAUUCAGAGAUCUCUCAAGGCCCUCUCCCACGAUCGCACCAUACUAGUGAUCGCCCAUCGGCUUAGCACAAUAACAGCGGCAGACUGCAUCUUAGUAAUGCAUGAAGGCCAUGUGGUCGAAAGAGGGACACAUGCUGAACUUUUGGAAUUAGGUGGCCGGUAUAGACGCAUGUGGCAAAACCAAAGCGAGGAAUCAGCUUAG